ACGUGCGCAUGCACGGCAAUGUAUGUGUACACAAAAGUAUGUAUACUACAGACACGAUGCUUGUGUGUGUAGUUACUCCCGAGAGAGAGGCAACUACAUUUUCUUUCUCACUUCCUUCCGACACUUUUCAGCCUGCUAUUCCCCUUCCAUUUAUAUAUGUUCUAAGGUUGCCACCCGCGGACGGAAACGGACGUGUUCAGACACGUUAUGCGUGUAUUCUUUGGAUUUUAUUUUUGAGUUUUAUCUUCCCCUUCUAAAGAGGAAUUCUUUCUAAUUAUUCACUUAACCGUUAUUGUUCACUUAACCCUUCUCACCUGGCCGAAUGGUGGGUAAUUACCUAACCAGUGCCAAUCAAACGAAGAAGAAGAAAACAUGGACGAUUAACGGUAUGGGAAAUCCCUUUUUCUAUGUGUAUUUAUACCUGGGCAUAGUACAAAAAAUGCAAAAAUUGUACAAACAAAAGAAGCCAUUACAAUAGAAGAGUGGAAAAAGUUUAUAAUUGAGAAUUGUAUAGAGAAUUGUAGAAUUUCUUACAAUUUAUAAUAAUUAUAUUUACACGUAUAUACACGCAUUUUCCGUUACAAAAAAUUAAGAUUCCUUAUUAAAUCAAAAAGAAUUAUCACAAAAAGAAAAAUAGAGCGAAGCAAGCAUUGAAAUUUAGUUCAUUAAACUAGGUCACUGAUUUGGUUGAGGACAAAGAUGAUGUCCACUAUAAAUGAAGAUGAAAUUUAUCAUUGUCAAACACAACUAAAACAAAACAGAUUGUGUUAUAUAUGGAAUAUAUCCGAUUUUUGGAAAAUUUAUAAAUUUGGUAUUGCAUUAUACUCUAGCGAAACUAAAAAUGGUUUUCAACUUGAAAUGUGUCCUUUAAAUAAUAAGUUAGUCUUUUAUGGUACAUUAGUUCGAUCAAAUUAUAUUAAUGUCUCCUAUUCUGUUUUUGUGAAGACUGAUAAAGGAGAAAUGACUAAUGUAUUAAAACCAACACUUAUAACUAUGAAUUAUAAUGUAAAUAAUCUAUUAUAUGAACUACCUAUUUCACUUCUUUUUGAUAAACAUAAAAUGUAUUUAUCACAUGACAACACAUUUACAAUAUGCUUUGAAUUACAUACAUUUGUAAAAACAUAUAACAAUAGUAUAUCUCAUUCGUAUACUAAUACUAUGUCAGAUACAGAUAUUUUUGUUUCUAAGGAGAAAUCCGACUCGUUUGUUUCGUUUAUAAUAAACAAUGAACGUCUUCAAGCAAAUAAGAGUUCACUAUGCUUAAAAAGUAAAGUCUUUGAAGCUAUGUUUAACUGUGGUCUAGAAGAAAGUGUAAACAAUGAAGUAGUAAUAACUGAUAUAAAAUAUGAUAUUCUAAAAGAAUUAUUAUCUUUUGUACAAAUUGGUCAUCUAUCUAAAACGCUGGAAGAGAUAAAUUUAAAUAAAAUAUGUGAACUUUUUGUAGCAGCUGAUAAAUAUGAUAUACAAGAUCUUAAAUUAAUAUGUGAACAAUCUUUAAUUAUAAAUACGACAGAAACAAACGUUGUAGAACAUUUAAAAAUCGCACAUUUAAAUGAUGGAAAAAUGUUGAAGAAAUAUAUCAAAGAUUUUAUCAAAUUAUAUUCAAAAGAUAUUGUGGAUAUCUCAGAAUUUAUAACUUUAAUGAAAAUGUAUCCUGAGCUAUUAACUCCAUUGUCAGACUAAAGAUAUUGAGCAGAUCGAACAAAAUGUUGUAGUAUCUACAAAAUCAGUAAUUGAAAACGUCAUACAUGGAACUUUUACACAUCGUCAUAUAUAUAAAACCGAAUUAAAAUAUAAUUCUACUUUCUUUAUAGAAUAUGUUUUAUAUUUCACAUUUAAUUUCCACAUUUCAUAUUUGCAUGUGUUAUCACAGAAUAAGCUUUUUAAUUUAUAGUAUGAUAUAAUGCAUUCCUGAUAUUAAAAUAUAGUUCUUUUUUUAAUUUCCAUGUGUAGAUAUGUAAAAACUGUUCUUGGUUUUGUAUGCUUUAGAAAAAUGCAGGAAAAACAAUGAAGAGAAAAAAUUUAGUAAGCAAAUGUUUAUUUUAUGUUAUAUGCAUUAUAUUA